UGAGAACGGAUUCGCGCACGGCUACAUCGUGCGCGCUGUCACAGCGCGUCUCGAAUUCGAGUCUUAUGCAGGAGAGGAUGAAAGUUAUUAUCUUCGUCCUUUUCGCCAUUGUGGUCAGCGCCUCCGCCGGAAACGUUGGCUACGGACGCCAAUUUGCCACCGGAAGCCGCUUCGCCGUCGACGCUCCCGUCAAGAAGCCGCUGGUCACCGUGGGCUUCGUGAGAGAACCGGUCGUCAAGCAACACUUCGUCACGAAGGCCGUCGUGAAGUACGUGCGCGUUCCGGUCACGACUGUCACGCACGUUGUCAGGCCCUUUGUUUACAACCACGGAGCCAAGAAAGGGUCCCGACUACGUUUUGGUCCAGCCGAAGAAUUUGGGUCUGGACGGCUGGGCGUCACGUACAUUAAAGACACGAUCCCCGAUUACGGUGAUCUCAAGGGACUCGGCGUAGGAUACGGACCGGGAGGAUUUGGAGGAGGAUACCUUAGCGGAUUCGGUAUUGCCGACCGGUUUGAUCCGCCGCGCGUUUACAGUGAUCUGAAGGAACUACCGGUGACAGACGGCGUUCAGGAUGGAUAUGAGGACGUUCUCGGAUCGAGCUCGAGGUUUGGAAACGAUCUAAAGGGAUUUUCGCCGGUAGCGGGCCUAGAAUCGGCGACGCGGGACUACAAACUGAAGGGUGGGUUUGACGAUAGCUACGGUUACAGCAAGGGUUAUUACUAAACGUGGGUAUAUUUACGGGGAGCAGAAAAAUCGGAAGUUAACCAAGCGAGCGAAAAGCGCGUAUUUUAAGCGCCACCUACACUCUAAGAAAAAAAGGAGUAAAACGGGGAGUAAUUGCAGCUUCUACUCCCCUAGUCUGCAAUUACUCCCCAUUUUAGUCCCCUAACCCGACAUUUAGUCCCGACGUUUACUCCCCAGGACUGCAAAUUGUCACUAAACUUCGAGAAUGGUCUCUUGAAUGCAACAGUCUACGUAAAUAUGUGCCCUUUGUCAAUCUGAACGACAUAAGGCUGUAUAACUCAGACAACGUAGCAAUUUUUCAGCGACACAGAGUAAGAAACAGUUAGCGCAUCUUUCUUCGCAAAUUGUGCCCUAGUAUGGCGCAAGAUUUUAUAUAACUCGAUAUAUCACGGUUGACGGUUUGCUUCAAAGUAUUUUCAUGCAUGCACACCAAUUAUGUACCUGGGACUCUUACAACAGCGCCUGAAAUUCGGUCUCCACUCUGUGACAUUCAUUUACUCCCGUGAAUCUACUCCCAAAAGGGACUAUUUUUUGUGGCAACGCAUUUAGUCCCCAAAAGGAGUAAAAGUACUCCUUUUUUUCUUAGAGUGUACUUGGUUAACAUUGCAAUACUGUUGCGUUCACAUCGUAAAGUGAGAAAAAGAUGGUCGUAUCUGGAAAACUACGGAGAAGUAUUUCGUCUCGUUCUAGCCCUGGAAGCACGCAGAUAUCAGUGCCUUAUUGAGAUAACGUGAUAAGUCAUAUCUGGAGCCCUUUAUGUAGCGUAAGUAGAUUGUGUAAAGAAAGGAACUGAAGACCCACACAUCAAAAUCAUAACGAGGCCGCUGACGGAAGAAAGCAGAGGCUGGUCGGCGCUCAUGAUGAAAUUCUUUGUAUCAUGUAAUGAUGAUGAUGAGCAUUAAAAAAA